AUGUUUCAGCCGACACCCAAGAGGUGUUUCACGAUAGAGUCUUUGGUGGCGAAGGAUAAUCAUAUACCGGUGUCCCGCACCGAGGAGCCCAUCAGGCCGGCGGCUCUCAGCUAUGCAAACUCCGGCCAGAUGAACCCCUUCCUCAACGGCUUCCACUCCGGCGGCCGGGGCGUCUACUCUAACCCGGACUUGGUGUUCGCUGAGGCGGUCUCUCAUCAGCAAAACUCCGCCGUCCCGGUGCAUUCGGUGGCCCCGCCGCACGCGCUGGCCGCUCACCCGCUUUCAUCCUCACACAGUCCGCACCCUCUUUUCGCCAGCCAGCAAAGGGACCCCUCCACGUUCUACCCCUGGUUAUUACACAGAUAUCGGUACUUGGGUCACAGAUUUCAAGGUAAUGAAACGAGCCCGGAGAGCUUCCUUUUGCACAACGCGCUGGCCAGAAAGCCCAAAAGAAUCCGGACCGCUUUUUCCCCUUCGCAACUCCUGCGGCUCGAACACGCGUUCGAGAAAAACCAUUACGUGGUGGGAGCAGAAAGAAAGCAGCUCGCCCACAGCCUUAGCCUCACAGAAACUCAGGUAAAAGUGUGGUUUCAGAACCGGAGGACGAAGUUCAAGCGACAGAAGUUGGAGGAGGAGGGCUCGGAGUCUCAGCAGAAGAAGAAAGGGUCGCAUCACAUAAACCGGUGGAGAAUGGCGACAAAACAGGGGAGCCCGGAGGAAAUCGAUGUCACUUCGGACGAUUAAAAAGAAGAAGAAAAGAAAGAAAGAAAGACUAUAAGCGUCCGA